AACAAAUGGAAAGGGCCUCUGGAAGUUUCUAAGCGGCCGUGCCCUAUCAAGGGGAAUCUUUUUCCCCCCUUGGGCUUUUGUCCAGACGGUUAAAGGGGGGUUGAGGGGACCAAAAGAAGUCCCUGAGGGAGAAUGUUAUUGUUUCCGGAGCUGCAGAUGACACGCUUCUUAGAGAAAGAGGGAGGAUCUGCUGAGCGUGAAGCAAACGCUUCGUCUGAAUGCCUGCCACCUGCAUAAUUUUUUUGGAUUUGACCCCUUGACCAUUUAAACCGACCACAAGUGACGUAGUAGGAAAGUGGUGGACAAAUAAAUCUGUGGCUCUAAAAAGCAGCAUUUUUGCAUGUAGGACAACAGUUAUUCAGAAACGCAAACUCAAAGCUGGUGAAACAACUGAAAUGGUUGUAGCUUGGAGUGUCGCUCAAGGACAGGCCUCAUGUUCUCUACCUGGAAUGUGAACUCUCUAACCUCCACUCAGCUACACCUUUCACCUGUCUUCUCUGUAGAGGCUGAAAGAGGUAUUGAACUGCGAAUCCACAUGAACUGUGUAUGUGUGGAUCUACAAGGCAGAACAAGAAAGCAAAAGGGAAAAAAAGUUCAUUAAAGCUGUCCACUAUCAGAUGCUGGUAAACCUGACAUGUGCACACCCAGUGAGACAGUAACCGAGAUCUCAUCCUGAGGGAAUACCAGGAUGCCUUCCACUGCAUUACAUCUUUUGGGCAAGAUCAGUGUUGGAGGUGGGCACAGCAACCCUGCUGCUGCAGCCUUGCUGCUUUCCCUGUGUCUUGGCUUCCCUCCCUCUGUGGCCACUUGCCCACCAUACUGCCUUUGUGCCAGCGAUAUAAUUUCCUGCAGCGGCCGCAAUCUGUCUGCGCUGCCCUUUGAUCUCCCAAGCUAUGCCACACGGUUGGACCUGAGCCACAACGCCCUCACUGUCCUGCCUGUGGACUGGAUUUCCCAACCAUUCAACCGGCUUACUUCACUGGUUCUCAGCCGAAACUCCAUAAACCGAAUUGAGGUGAGAGCCUUCACUGUGACACCACAUCUCCUCCACCUGGAUCUCUCCUCCAACCAACUAACAGUGCUGAACUCGUCCAUCUUCACUGGGUUGAAGGAACUGAAAGAGCUGCUGCUGUUUGGCAACCAGAUCAUCCAGAUUAACCAAGGGGCCUUCAGCGAUCUUCAGAGUCUGCAGAGGCUCUACCUCUCUGGGAACAGACUGAUGGCUUUCCCUCUGGGGCUUUACUGGGAACCUGGAGGUCCUCGUAAUCUGUCCUUUCUCGAUCUGUCAUACAACAGGCUGUCCAAGGUGCCGGUCCAGAGCCUGCUGUCUCUCACGCAGCAAGGUGGAAUUUAUUUGCAGGAAAACCCUUUGGUCUGCGACUGUGCUUUACUCGCCUUGCUGGAGUACUGGAUGUGGAAACAGUAUCGCCCACUGGUGGAGUUCAGAGGUGAAUACCCAUGUAGAGACGAUUCAGGUCCGGGGUCGGAAUGUACCCAGCGGGUAGUGUCAGAUAUGUCCCUUGAGGCACAGACUUACCAAGUAGAACCUGGUAAAUGGCUAAGCGUGCCAUGUCCAGGGUUGGCUUCUCCAGCCCAGGAGGAGCUGUUGGUGUUCUGGGUUACCCCCAGGACUGUGGUGAAUUCAUCAACCAAUGAUCCAAGUGCCCACCUGAUAGUUUUCCCCAAUGGUACCCUUGAAAUCCGAGGAGCCCUGAUGGAGGAUUCCGGUAUGUAUGGGUGCGUGGCAGGCCGCAGGAGCCACUAUGACCCCAACAAGUCUCUGGAGGUCAAUGUGGUGGUUGGAAACUUAGGUACUGCCUCCAUCAGUGGCUUGGCACAUCGCAGUGGUGCCGAGCAUUUCAACACAGCGUUCACCACCCUGGCUUCCUGUGUGGUCAGCAUCAUACUGGUGCUGCUCUAUCUCUACCUCACUCCCUGUCGAUGCAGGGAAAGCCGGGGUGGGGGAUCGAGAGGGUGCGGCGGACGAGCCAUCAUCCUCUGUUCAGACCCCAGGGAGGUAGAGUCAGGAGAGCGACGGUCAAAUGGAAAGAGGGUGGCUUUCUUAGAACCGCAGGCAGAUGACUCUGAUAUUGGUGGUCUAAAAACACCAGCAAUGAACUUGGGUCAUGUUACCACUGAGGGAAUUCUCAAGAAUGGAAGUAGGACAGUGGGACAGACCCUCACAGAUGCCGCUCACAUGGCGUAGCAAGAAAAUUACCUUUUUUACAUUCCGGUAUUCUUACAGUCUGAACCCAAGUGUUUUUUUUUUUUUUCACUUUCUUGUUUCAGUACAAGAGGAAAAAAAUACAUUUGAUGUAAUGUACUGUGAUUCUUGUGAAGUAGAUAUGCACUGUAGCUUUUGGGUGUUUGCUCUGAAGCAGAAAAUGCAGUCGUUUUGUAGGCAGGAUUUCAAUUAUGUCUCGACUGUAAGUGGUGUCUGUUGUUUUUUUAAUAUUAUGAGUUCAAAUGUAAAUUUCACUGUUAACGCGGGAAAUUGUUACUGCAAAGAUCACAAAGAUUAUUUAAAUGUGGGUGGUGUUUCAAAUUGAGAGGAAUAUUCACACCUGAAUUGAUAAGCUGCUAGAGGCAUUAGUGGUUGUUAGACAGUAUAUGCAUGGUGAAUACUGCCAUCACAGUGACCCUUGUUAUUUUUAACCAUCUGUCUCUGUACUGUGGAGCGUACCGUUUUCAUUUGUGUGAAAUUAUCUGAACUUUGAUGUUUUGCCAGAUAAGAUUGUGUCUGCUACACACCCUCUUUUUUUAAAAAAAUGAUGUUAAUUAAAUAUAACCCAGUGAAAGCAACCCUACAAACCCUUUUCCCCUUACCCAUAUCGUCUGUGAAGAUUCUCAGUCAUCCAGGUCACGGUUAUGUAAGGAAGGUCAAAAUCAAGUGCAACUGGACCUGGCUGAAAACGUUUUGCCUCCCAUCCAAGAGGCUUCUUCAAUUCAAAUGUCUUGGAUGAUAGGCGAAAAUCUUCUGCCAAGUCCAGUUGCUGCCCUUGAUUUGAACCUUUUUGGGUAGCUUACCCAUAUUGUAUUGAGAUUUCUACCCCCAGUACAAUGAAUGCCAAUGGAAUUUUCUUAUGCUGUUGAUAGCACUGAAAAUUGCAUUUAAAGCUGCAUUGAUCCACAUUUGUUUUUUAUUAACAAUGGGUCAAAUUGCUUUAAUGUGAAAGGGGUCAAAGUGAUGAACAAAUUUUUAAUACUAUGGUUCUCCCCUGGAGCAUGUUAGCAUCUUUCUUUUUCUAGCUUGUGAAGAAAGUCAAACAUCUAGUAGCUAAAUACCCAGCUAUCUUUGUCAGGGGUUGAUAGAGUUACGUUGGGAGAAACCUGAUUACAAAUGAAUGCCACUUAUCUCCUGGAUGUGGGGUAGGCAGUUCUUAAGAACCCACUGUACACUACCUGCCCAGCACCAAACAGCAGACUGACACAGUAGCUGGUGAACACAUUGGAACAUUUAGCAGCUACAGAGACAGAUAUUUCUAUUUGGUAGAAAGCAAAACAGUACUAAAAGGAGAGUCAAUAUUGGACUUUCAUUUACUAGGUGGCCAGAACGAGGGAUGGGCAAAAUGUAUUUUACUUUUAUUUAAGUGUAUUAAAAUAAACUUCAAAAAACAGCAGUUUUCAUUAUUACUUCCGUAUUUUUUUGUGCACAACUGAUGAAAACUUAACAUAGGCUGAAAGUUAACGAUAACUGUGAGGGCUGCUACUCAGUAUUUUACAGUAACAAAAGUCUAAAGUAUUAUGAUACAAAAUAUGAAGCCAUUUUCAUUAACCCUAUCAAAUAAAAAUGACAAAAUCCUAUUUUGUAUUUUAAGUAUGUAUUUUAAAUACAUGCAUCAUAAAUACUGCCCGUUCCUGGUCUGAACUGUGACUCUAAAUGAAUGCUAAUGUUUCUCUGUGUCUGCUGGAUGUGUAAAUAGGCAAUAGUUUGCUUAGAUUGCAAAGCAUUUUAACUUUAUUAAGUGAUAAUAUGUCAGUACUGUUACUUACAACUUGUUUCUAAACCCCAAAUGGUUAAAUAUCUGUUAACACUGCUUUCAAAAAAAUGCAUUGUCUGGCUAAACACAUAAUCCACAGACCUUGCUGUGAACAGUUUUAUUUGGACUUUAUUCUAUUAAAGUGAAUAGUCCUUGUAAAAACUGUUGAUGGUACGUUUGGUGGAUUAUAGGAUUAUUAUCAGGAAGAUGUGUUGCUGAAUUUCUUAAAUGCCAUUUUUAAAUGCAAAAACUAAAUGACACCACUUACGAAAUUCAGUUGGCAUUUAUUAUGGGGUGAAGGCAAAUAAAACUUUGAUCAGGGCUAGGGACCACUACAGGUAAGGGAGAAAAUAUGCUUUUUCAUAAUUUAAUUUGAUGGAUAAGUCUAAGAUGAUAUUGGAAUUUUCUUUUUUUUUUUUUUUUUUUUUUACAAAUGUAAGAAUUAAAAUGAGGUAGGAGGUAUUCAUGUGGCAGCGGCUUUAUCCUGUAUAACUGCUGUAAUUUGAGCGCAAUAUUUGUUAACAGAGAAAAUCCAUGGUUCUCUGAAGGGGUGUCAGAGUUCAGGACUGGUCCAGAUCCUUUGGAGCUGAUUUGGAUUGACACUGCAGGCUGGACACUUGUCAACCUGAUUCCUGUUCCUCCUGUUGAAAAUGGACUUCCCUGCUCACCCUCCACCUUGUUACAACAACCCACAGCUUUACAAACAGCAGAUUCACGGAGGAAUUGAUCCUUAUCAGUUCAGACAGGAGGGGAGUUUGGGCUUGCAGUGAAACCCCAGUCAGCCAAGGUUAGUGUCACACAAAUUAGAAGGUUUGCCAGCUAGCCCCGAGCCCACCGUGACCCAGAUUCCUCUGUCCUCCCUUUGUGUAAUUUUUAUAGGUAUGAGGAAUUGGUUCCAAGGUGCCAAGAGGCUUGUUAAAGUUUCCUUGGCUGUAUAAAUCCAGGCUACCACUGUCUGAAUAUUAACUUUUUAUAUAAAUACUUUCUUUCUGUUCUAUUAGACAUAGGACAAAUUUCUAAGUAGAGCAGUCAAGGUAACUCUUUGUCAGGACUUCAUGAGCUGCUAUUUUUAGGUAUGAAAUAAAAUGUUUUUAGAGGA